AUGGAUAGAGACAAGAGUAAUAAUAAUAAUAUAUUAAAUGUAAAUACUGCAAAUAACGUGUCUAAUUCAAAUAUUAAUGAUUCAGACCUUCCAGAAACAAGACAUGAGCUUUAUCUGAAUAAUUUAGAUGUAGAAAAUUAUGAAAAAAUGAAAAAUGAAAAUGAAAGGAUUACAAAUAUGGAACAUGCACAUUGGAAUUACGGUAAUGAGAUAUCAAGGCAAACUUAUGCAAAUAGUGCAGGUAAUGUGAACAGUGUAAGUAAUGUGAGUUGUGCGAGUAAUGUGAGUAGUGCAAACAAUGCGAAUGAUGUGAACAGUGUGAAUAGUGCGAAUGAUGUGAACAGUGCGAAUAGUGUGAGUAAUGUGCAGAGUACGGGUAAUAUGAACGGUCCGAAUGGUGCAAAUAUAUUUAUGGCAAGCAGUGGUAUUCUGAACUAUCCAAAAAAUAUGCACAUGGGAAGUAACAAUAUGCUAGUACAAAACAAUAUGGGAUACAUAGAUUCAAAUGUACUGAAUUACAAUAAUGUCUAUAAUAGCAUUCAGAAAAUUUAUAAUGAUAUUAAUAACCCCUUUUCCGCGCAGAUAAAUACAAUGGAACAUAAUAUGCAAAACGCAAAUGCUGCUCAUCCUUUUAAUAUAAUGAAAUAUCUAGAUUAUGGUAAUUCUAACAACUAUAUAUAUGGCCAAGGUGUGUUAAGUAAUAGUAGUGCAUCGGAAAACGCUCAAAAUUAUUCAAAUAGCUCUAGUCCAUAUAGAAACGAUUAUUUGAAAUUUAAUUUGAACUCGGGGAAUAUUAUGAAUAAUAAUUUAAACUAUUCUAAUAUGUCUAGUUCUAAUAAUAUUAAUCCUAAUAUAUAUAAUAGCAAUAUAACAGCACCUAAUUUAAACAUAAUGAAUUAUAAACCUAUUAACGCUAAUAGUAACGUUAAAUAUCCUACUUCUAAUAUGUUUGAUUUUGCGCACAACGGAAAUGUGAAUUCAUUAAUCACUAGGGAUUUGAAUAUAAACGAAUUCAACAAAAUGAAUUUUCAGGAAUCGGAUUUAUCUAAUUAUACGUAUAGAAAUUUGAAAAAUAUAAAUUUUCCUUCAAAUUGUCCUACGUCUUCUUAUAAUAUGGUUUCGAACAAUACAGUUUCAAAUAAUACGGUUUCAAACAAUGCGGUUUCGAAUAACACGGUUUCAAACAAUACAGAUUUAAAUAAUAUGGUUUCAAAUAAUAUGGUUCCAAAUAAUAUGGUUUUAAACAAUAUAGUUUCAAAUAAUACUGAUUCUAAUAGCUAUAUUUUCUCAAAAAAUAACACGUUUUCAAAUCAUAACUUUUUAAAAAUGAAUGCUUUAAAUUGUACUGAAUCUAACGUCAUAAAAGAAAAUUUAAAUGUAUUAAAUUUUUAUGAACCCACUGUUCAAAGUUGUAAUGAAAAAAUGAGAGAACUAAAUUAUGAAUAUUUCCGUAUGGAUGAAGAACGAAGAGAAGAAGACGUGUGUAGGAUGAAUGGAAAAGAAAAGGAAAAAAAUAAAAAAAAGAAAAAAACUCAUCUAACAGACAACAAUUCUAGCAAUCAAAAAAUAAAACAUACAUGUGAACACAUGGUAUCAGAUGAGCGUACGGGUAACCCAAAAUUAAAGGAAAGGGCUUUUAACAUAGACAAUAAUGGCAAUAUUGUAAAUGAGUUUCACAACACAAAUGACAGGAGGAGUAAUCUAAAAAAUGAAGACACUGCGAUGACGACAAAAAAAAAUAAAAAUGACAAAAAUGGUAAAAAUGGCAAAAAUGGCAAAAAUGGCAAAAAUGGAAAAUAUUGCAAAAAAAGUAAAAAUAGCAAAAAUAAUAAAAAUAGGAAGAAUAAUAAAAAUAGUAAGAAUAAUAAAAAUAGUAAGAAUAAUAAAAAUAAUAAGAAUAAUUUAUCCAAUAAUGGUGAAAUUUUAAAAAAUGAAGAAGAAAAUGUUAACUUGUUAAAAGAUGAACAUAAAAGGAAUAAUGACAAAGGUACGGAGGAAAAAGAUUCUAGAAAUACUAAUAAUACAAAUCAGGUUAUUGUAAAUAAACGAAGUAGUAAUGUUUUGAGAAAUUUAAUCGAUUUUCCUGACAUACAAAAACAUCACAUGGAACAUAAUAUGGUGUGUAGUAAAAAAAAGGGCAAAACAAAAAUCUUAAAAGAUGAAGUCAUUGUCACUUCAGACUUAUCUAAAGGAGAUAAGAAAACUAAUAAUAUAGUAUCAGGCACGGGAAAGGAAAGUUUAGAAAAUAAUAAAAUAAAAUUGGUACUGCAAGGGCGUAAUAAUGAUUACUGUAACAAUAACAAUGACAACAGUAACAAUGGAAACGAUAACAAUUGUUACAAUAACAGCGGAAACAAUAGAAAUGGUAGAUCUCUUUCAAAAUAUGAUUUUCUUAUGAGUAGAAACAUAAUUUUCAACAGUGUGUGCGUAGGACACAAGGAAGGGAAAUACCCCGCAGAAAUUAAAAAUUCUGAAGAGAAGUAUAUUAAUUUAUUGGGGAUAAACAAUAACAAUAAUGAUAAUAAUGACAAAAAUGAUAAUAAUGAUAAUAAUGACAAAAAUGAUAAUAAUGACAAAAAUGAUAAUAAUGACAAAAAUGAUAAUAAUGACAAUAAUGACAAUAAUGAUAACAAUACCAUAAUUGAAAAAAAAAGAAAGUUUAAAGGCACAAAUGAAAUAAUAAAGAAUAACACAAAUGAUAAUGCAGGUGUCGAAUUAGAAUUAUAUGAUAACUAUGAAAAAAAAAUAAAAAGAAUUCAAGAAGAGAAAAAUUGGGGUGAUAAUAAAACAAUAAUAAAUAAGGGGAAAGGAAAAAAUAAAGAAGAAUUAUCCAAUACAAAAAACACGAAAAAAGAAAAUACAAAAUAUAGAGAAAUAAUAAAUAAUGAACAAGAAAAUAUUAAUAAUAAAAUACAGAAAGACAUUAUAGUAACAAAAAAAAACAACAGCUAUUUUGACAAUAAUAAUAACAAAGAAAACAAAGAGAAAAAGCCAACAUUUUCAGAAUACGCAAAAGAAUACGAGUUAACAAAAUUUAAGGAUGCAAAGAAAGUAAAAGAAAAAGAUGAUGGUACAAAACAGAAAAAUAGCAAAAAUUAUGAGUAUGAUGAAGCAAUUAAAACAAAUGAUAGAAUGAAAUGUAGACAAAUUGUUGUGCAUCUUCAAAAUGAACAAAACAGAAUUAAUAAAUUGGAUAAGCAAACUGUUGAAGUAAUAAAAGACAAAGAUAAUAUAAAUAAAGAAAUAAAGAAAAUGGGGAGUAACGAUGAAAAACAUGUGAAUGAGACAUAUGGAAAAGUUAAAUCUUUUCCAGGAAAAAUUACAAAAAAGAAGAUAGAAAUACAUGAAGAGGAAACGAGUUGCAUUAGAGAAAACAUCAUAACAAUUGACAGCAGUGAAUGUAGUAAUUUUGAUAGUAAAAAUAUUGUAUUUAGAAAAGUUGGAAAUAAAGAUUUCAUAACAGAUGAAUUUAAUUAUGAAUAUAAUGCAGCACAUAAAGUAAAAGGACAGCCAAGCUAUGUAAAUAAAUCGAUAUAUGAAAUAAUUGAACUAAGUGAUGUUCAAAAUGAAGUGACAAUAAAAAAGGAAUGUCAAUUAGCUAAAGGAAAGGAAAAUAAGAAAUGGAAUAAGAAGAAUGAAAUAGUUAUUGAGGACAUGAGCGAAAUGUCUACUACUAGUAAACGUGUAAUAAUAAAAAAAGAAGGAUUAAAAAUAGACGCAAAUGAUAACAAGGCUGCUAUUAAUGAUAGUAAUAAUAAGCAAGAUAAUAAUAAUAAAAAAAAUGAUGGUGAUAAAAUCUACAAGACAAAGAGCAGAGUUGGUAACGAAUGCAAUGUAGCACUUUUGAAUAAGAAUGUUCAUGUAAAAGAUAAUAUAGAAGACACAGACAAUGCAAAUUUUGUCCAGGAAAGGUUAAAUACACGUAGUAAUGAGAAUGCCGAUGUGUGUAAAGAAAAUAAUAUAGUAAAUAAUGUGGAAAAUAAUAUAGUGAAUAAUGUGGAAAAUAAUAUAGUGAAUAAUGUGGAAAAUAAUAUAACAAAUAAUGUGGAAAAUAAUAUAGCAAAUAAUGUGGGAAAUAACAUAAAAAAUGAUAUAGGGGAGAACGCAACUGUUGAAAGAGAGGAAAUAAAAGAUAAGGGUAAUGAACCAAUUACCAAGUCUGUGGCUGAUGGAAAGGUGAACAACAAUGUUAAUAGCAAUGUGAACAGUAAUGUAAACAGCAAUAUAAAUAGUAAUGUAUACGGUGAUUAUGAUAAGAAAAAUAGUGCUAAAGAUUUAAUAAGGAAUUUAUAUUCUUCAACUGAUGGUAAUAAUGAUAUAAUAAAUAAUAAAAAAAAAAAAUUUUGGUCCAAUUUAGGUAUUAUCAGUUAUGUAGAUAACUUUGUUGGUAAAGGGUCCUACGGAAGUGUUCGAAAAGUUUUAUAUAAUGUUGAUCUAAAUGUAGAACAUUUAAAAUUUUAUGUUGAUAAAAUAAAUAAUAUAGAUUUUGUAAAAUUGUUAAUAGAUUGUAGUCGUAUGCAAAAUUUUUUGGAGUAUAGUGAUAUUGGAAAGGAUUCGGUAUUUGAUUUUCCACUAACAUUCAGCAUGUCUCAAAAAAUGAAAGGAAUUAAGACAAAUUCAGAAAAUGGCACAGUUGGAUAUAUAUGCAGUGAGCAAAAUGAAAGCAAAUCGAAAGAUUUAAAUGGUUCUGAUAAAGAUUUAUUACCAAGCAGUAAAGAAGGAGGUCAUUGCUUAUGUUGUCACCGCAAAAGAUACUUCGAGUUGGCCAUAAAAGAAAUCGAUGUUAGUAAAAAAGGAAAUGAUUAUCAAUUUUUAAGAGAGCAAGAAUUAUUAUGCCAUUUUAAUAGUAAUGUUAUAAAACCAUUAAGUACGAAAAUGGGUAAUUCAAAAGAAAAACAGAAUUAUGAAAUAUUAAUGCAUUGUGCAAAUGGUGAUUUACGUAAGUUAUUGCAGAAUUUAAUUUAUCAUAGAAAAAAAGAAUUUGAAAAAAGAAAAAAAGUUAAUAAGAUUUUAAAAAUAAUACAUUUAUUAUUUAGAAAAAAAUAUAAAUGUUACAAAAAUGAAAAUGAUAAUAAUAUAUGUAUAGGUUUAUGUUAUGAAAAAUUAAAAAAAAUAAGAAUGAAAUUAAAUAAUACUACAGUGGAAAUAAAACAUCCAACAUUCGAUUAUAUAUACGAUAAUAUAAAAGUAUAUAAUUGUGGUUUAACUGAAUCAGAAUGUAAAUUUCUUUUUUUUCAAAUUGUAAAUGGUAUCAGCUUCUUGCAGACAUGUUACCAAUCAAAUAUUAUACGUUUAACAGACAUAAAAUUACAAAAUAUUUUAGUCUUUACUGAUAUGUACAAUAUAUAUAACCCAAUGAAAUGGCAUUUAUGUAUAUCAGAUUUUGGUUGUUCUGCAAUGGAAUAUGCAACCUAUUAUUUAGAAAAUUCUAAAAAUUAUAUGAAUGUGUAUGUAAAAUUAUUAAAUGAAUGGAAAAAUCAGUUUCAAAAUCAGUUAUGUUCAUAUUUUCAAGGUACAGUAUAUACUAUGGCACCUGAGGGAUUAUGUUAUGAUUAUAAGGGAAAUUAUAGACAAUCAAAAUAUAAUAAAUUAAUUUAUUUUUAUCAGCAGAAUUUUGGGGAUAUAGAAAAAAGGUUUAAAGAACUACAAAAACCCUUGGUCUCAAUUAAAAAUUCUAUAAAAAAUUUUGAUAUAUUAAACAUAAAUUCAUCUUCCAAUUUUCAUUUCGUGAGCCAACAAGGGGAAAAACAGGAAAGUGCAAGUGGAAGUGGAAGUAACGGUGGAAACAACUGUAACAAUAACAGUAGGAAUGUUGUAGGGGAAAAGAACAGCUCAGAUAAGGACUCAUCGAAACAAAAGAAUGAAGAUGCAGAAAGUCGGAAAAAUUCAAAUAGUGAAAAAAAUAAUGCAAAUGAAAAAAUUAACCCAAAAGAGAAAAAUAACCAAAAAGAAAAAAUUAACCAAAGUGAAAAAAAUAACCCAAAUGAAAAAAAUAAUACAAGUGAAAAAAAUAAUGCAGGUGAAAAUAAUAACAAGUUAAAUCCUAAUGCAACGGAAUAUCUACCUUUCGAUGUAAGAUGUGAUAGUUGGUCUUUAGGAAUAAUUCUAGCUGACUUAGGAAAAUGUGGAGUCAGUUCUUAUGAAUACAUGGUUUCACAAAAAUCGAAUGAAAAAUCUAUUAAUUCUGUGUGGAAAGGAAAACCUGUAGACAUCAACAGCAUAAUAAUAAACGAUCUAAAUGUUUCAAAUGAUGAGGAAACUUUUUAUUUAAAAUGUAUAAUGAAUUAUUACGAUAUUGUUAGCAUGGAGUGGGAUGACGAAAACUUGCAAAAUGAGAAAAUAAAAAAGUGUAUGAAUAGAGAUAAAAAAGGAGCGAGCUCGAAAAAAGGAAAUGAAAAGGACAACGCUGGUAAAAGCGGCAAUAAGGACAGCGGUAAGAAUGGACAUAACAGUGGUCAUAACGACGAUAAAAGCGGACAUAACAAUGGCAAUAAUAACGAUAAAAGCGGACAUAACAAUGGCAAUAAUAACGAUAAAAGCGGACAUAACAAUGGCAAUAAUAACGAUGAAAACAGACAUAACAAUGGAAAUAAUAACGAUAAAAACAGACAUAACAAUGGUAAUAACAACGAUAACAAAAAUGGGGUUAAUAAUACUGAGGUCAGUAAGUGCAACUCUGUGGAAACGCAAAAGAAAGAAAACCAAGGUUUGAAAAAACAGGUAUCCAGGAAAAAUUGCCACACUAGUGAUAUCUCUAAGGGUUCUGGGGAGAACGAAAAAAAUAAAUUACAGAAUGGAUGUUUAAGUAAAAACAACCGUAAUGAUGAAAGAGAAAGUAAGGGUGCACCUAAUGAUGAUUGCUGUUUGAACAAAAAGAAACUACUUGAGGAUACGAACAUCGAAAACUCAGAAUUAUUUACUAAACAUUAUAGAUAUUUUAUACUUAAUUACAAAGAUUAUAUAAAAAUUGAAAAAAUUGUAUAUAUAAAAGAUGAGUUUAUGAAAUAUUAUAAAAUGAAUAAACGAACCUUGAACGAAAAUAAUAUGACCAAAUUACUUUUAUUUUUAUUUUUAAUAAUUAAUAAUAAUUUAACUCAUAAUUACGACGAUGAACGUAAUUCCUUUGUAAAAACAGAAUUAACCAUAAAAAAUAUUGGUUCUGGAAUAUUUAAAUUCAGAAAUAAUAAAGAAAAAGAAAGAUAUUUACGAGACUAUAAAUCUAACCUUCAAAAAGAUUAUAUGCAUGUAAAUGGAAACAAAGAUUACUGGCAUAGUAGAUUAACAAAUAAAUAUUUGGCCGUUAUAUUUAAAGAGCUCUGUCAUUAUAAUUUUCCAAUUCGAAAAAAAAAUAUUAAAAAAUGCUUUAAUAGAUAUGAAUACCCAUUAAAUUAUAGUGACGAUUACUGGAAUUUGUUAACGGAACUUUUGAAUUAUGUACCAUAUGAAAGGCUACUAGCUUGUGAAAUUAUUGGUCAUGAUUUUUUUUCAGAAGGGAAUGAAAAAAUUAAAAACAGUUCUUUAAUAUCAAAAAAUAGUAAUGAUUAUUUAGAUUUGCUUGAUGAUAAAAAUUUCAGUGAGAUAUUAUUAAGAAAUUAUAUACAAGAAAAAAAAGAGAAAAAAUUUGUUUGUAAACCUUUCCAUGAAGAUUUAGACACAGAUGUUGGCAGUUCAGAUAAUGAGACAACACGUGAGAUAAUAACUAUAAAUAGCAAGAAUACGAAAACAGAAAAUUCGGUUAUUCAUUUGGAUGAAAAAAAGAAUUCUAGUAUAAAAACGGAUAAAAAAGAUAUAUUAAAAAUUAAUAAAUUAUUUACAAAUGAAAAAAAUAACUAUGAAACGAAAAAGUUUGUAACAUCUUUAUACGAUGUUAUCCUUCAAAAUUCGAAAAAUAAAUGUGAUUUUUGUUAUAACAUAAAAAAUUGUUUAAAUUAUAAAAAUAUUUUAAAAAAAAUUGAAUCAUUGGAAAAAUGUAUUUUAAAUUUUGAAGACAUUAAGAAGAAAAAUGUGAAAAAUGAAUCUUUAAGAAGAAGUAAACUUUUUUAUCCAAGUCAUAUUUGUAACAAUAUAUACUAUUUUUUAAAUGAAUCAUCCAUAUUUAAUGAGUUAACAAAUUUGGAUAUUUUUAUGAAUAUACAUUUGCCAUUUGAACAUUUGUACUUACCAUUAUGUGAUGAAAAAACAGUUAAAAAUAAAAGCCAAGCUAAUUUUUAUUUUAAACCAAUUUAUUUUUAUUCUUUUCCUUAUAAAAUUAUACAUGCAUGGUACACAGGACCUUUACACAUUUAUUUGAAUCACCCAAAUAUUCCGGAUUAUAUAAAACUUAUAUGUUUGAGAGAAUCAAGUAUUUUAAGAAGAAAAGAAAUUAUUUUUUGGAGUUGUGAAGAUAUCAUAUUAAAAAAUAUAUUAAAAAUUAAAAAACUUUUAAACUGCUCCGAUGAUUUUUUAAGCACGCCUUAUGUGUCACAUGUUAUUGGAAAACAACUAAUCUUAAGGAAGCAAUACCUUUUAAAAUUAUUUAAAAAAAAAAUUGUUGUCUAA